UGUAAAUAAUAUAAUGCAAUGAUUUUGAAAAAAAAAUAACGUCAAGGAAACUACCAAUAAUUUGUUGUUUGUAUAUUUAGAUUUAACAACUCUCAUCACGUUUUACGUAAACUCACUGAGGAAAGGUAGUCCUUUAAAGUGUCAAGAUGCAUAUGGACAAGCGUCUAUUCAACGUAAUGAGCGGGUUUUCAAAAAGGUGCUAACAAAGUUUAAAAAAUAAUGGACACAUAUCAACAUAUAGAAAGCAAAGAGAAACUUCAGAAGAAGUUUUUCAUACUGUUCGAUGCCACAUAUUCCAAAUACCGUAAAGGCUCAUUUCUGUACCUUCAAGAUGUGUAUGAAGAAAGACUUCUGACAGAAAUGGAAGCAUAUUUAGACAUGAUGAAAAACGAAAUAAAUAAAACAUGCCUGGAAAAGGGAACGAAGAUAUUGCCGAAGAUGUAUGAUGACAUGUUAUGGAAAAACGAAAGUAGAUACAUCACAGGUGAGACAGGCUACAGUUACUACGAAGCUGACAUGGAACAACUAAAAAGGGGUUUUUCGAAGUGAAGAAGCUUUAUGACAGAGAU